AGCCGUGAGCGGAUGAGUCAGGCCGGGUUUUCCCUCCGCCUUUGGGGCAGGCGAGCGAGCGCCGCGGAGCGCGUCCCUCCCUCGCCAAUCCGGCUCCGGCGCCCGCCCGCCCGCGUUUUCCCGGCGCCUGCCGCCCAGCCGCUCCGACCUGGCUCGCAGUCGCGGCUGGAGCCGGCGUUUUGCAGAAGGGUUCAAAGCCGCGCGGGGGAGCUGCGACGCGCGGGGGCUGCGGAGCCAAGGGCCGGCGAGCGCGUCGCCAGCAUGAAGCAGCUGCCUGUGCCCUGUUGAAACUUCAUGGCCACAGCCCCAGGCCCUGCUGGCAUUGCCAUGGGCAGCGUGGGCAGCCUGUUGGAACGGCAGGACUUCUCCCCUGAAGAGCUGCGGGCAGCACUCGCCGGGUCCCGGGGCUCCCGCCAGCCUGAUGGCCUCCUCCGGAAGGGCUUGGGCCAGCGUGAGCUCUUCAGCUACCUGCACCUCCCCAAGAAGGACGGCAAGAGCACCAAGCGGGCCCCUCGGAACGAGCCUGCUGACUAUGCCACCCUCUACUACCGGGAACAUCCUCGAGGGGGUGACUUCAGCAAGACUUCGCUGCCGGAGCGGGGUCGCUUUGACAAGUGCCGCAUCCGCCCCUCUGUGUUCAAGCCUUCAGCGGGCAACGGGAAAGGCUUCCUGUCCAUGCAGAGCCUGGCGGCCCACAAAGGCCAGAAGCUGUGGCGAAGCAAUGGCAGCCUGCACACGCUGGCCUGCCACCCACCCCUGAGCCCUGGCCCCCGUGCCAGCCAGGCCCGGGCGCAGCUGCUGCAUGCCCUCAGCCUAGACGAGGGCGGCCCGGAGCCCGAGCCCAGCCUGUCUGACUCCUCCAGCGGGGGUAGUUUCGGCCGCAGUCCUGGUACUGGCCCUAGCCCCUUCAGCUCCUCCCUUGGCCACAUUAACCACCUCGGGGGCUCCCUGGACCGGGCCUCUCGAGGACCCAAGGAGGCUGGGCCACCAGCUGUGCUGAGCUGCCUGCCAGAGCCACCACCCCCCUAUGAGUUCUCCUGCCCCUCUGCUGAGGAGAUGGGAGCUGUGCUGCCUGAGACCUGUGAGGAGCUCAAGAGGGGACUUGGCGAUGAGGUCGACUCCAACCCCUUCACGCAGGUGCUGGAGGAGCGCCAGCGGCUGUGGCUGGCUGAGCUGAAGCGCCUGUAUGUGGAGCGGCUGCACGAGGUGACCCAGAAGGCUGAGCGCAGCGAGCGCAACCUCCAGCUGCAGCUGUUCAUGGCUCAGCAGGAGCAGCGGCGCCUGCGCAAGGAGCUUCGGGCUCAGCAGGGCCUGGCUCCAGAGCCUCGGGCCCCUGGCACCCUCCCAGAGGCUGACCCCAGUGCACGACCAGAGGAGGAAGCCCGAUGGGAGGUGUGCCAGAAGACAGCAGAGAUUAGCCUCUUGAAGCAGCAGCUGCGGGAAGCCCAGGCAGAACUGGCCCAGAAGCUGGCCGAAAUCUUCAGUCUGAAGACGCAACUUCGGGGCAGCCGUGCACAAGCCCAGGCUCAGGACGCAGAGCUGGCCCGGCUGCGAGAGGCUGUGCGCAGCCUGCAGGAGCAGGCCCCUCGGGAGGAGGCUCCAGGCAGCUGUGAGACUGAUGACUGCAAGAGCAGGGGCCUGCUGGGGGAGGCAGGAGGCAGCGAGGCCAGGGACAAUGCUGAGCAGCUGCGGGCUGAGCUGCUGCAGGAGCGACUUCGGGGCCAGGAGCAGGCAUUGCACUUUGAGCAGGAGCGGCGGACUUGGCAGGAGGAGAAGGAGCGUGUGCUGCGCUACCAGCGGGAGAUCCAGGGGGGCUACAUGGACAUGUACCGCCGCAACCAGGCACUGGAGCAGGAACUUCGGGCACUGCGGGAGCCCCCCACACCCUGGAGUCCCCGGCUCGAGUCCUCCAAGAUCUGAGUCCAGCAGAGCGAGCUGACAGCAGAAACACUGUCAGAAGGUGCCCUGAGACGGCUGGCUCAGCCCUCCCUUACACUGGUUGGGUUGGAACCUGCAGAGGCCAGCCCAGGGCUGGGGAGGCGCAAGGAGAGGAGAGAUCUGGUGGGGCCAUGGGCUGGGUAGAAUGCCCCGGCAGGAGCCAGGACAAGGCCCUCCUGGCAGAGGAGCACCUAGGCAGGGCCCAGCCCUGCUCCCUGGAGUGGGUGUGGCCCAGAGAAGGAGGCUGGGGGAUCAAGAGCCCCAAGGUCCUGAAGGGCAGGUGAGAGGGAGGGAGGCUGGAGACUGGGCUGGGGCCUUCUUCCAUGGAGGGAGGCUGGAGUGGGAAUAUUGGCCUCUUCCAGAAUAAAACCACGUUUUCUACCAG